AUGUCUUACAAUGAGAAUGAGAGUAGCUGUGAUGAGUAUUUUUUGGAUCAGAACGAUGAAGAAGUUGGAGACGUCGACACUACCGAGUUCUUGAGAGGUAACGGUAAUGAAGGCGAGGGGGACGAUGAAGAAAGUGAUGAAGCAGCGCCGGAGGCUUUCUCUUCUCGUCAAUGGCCACAAAGUUAUAAAGAGACAAUUGAUUCGUACACAAUUGCUGCGUCGCCACAUUUAGGAGCGCUUCUUCAAACGCCAAGCCUGAUAUAUUCCAGUUUUAGGACUUCAAAAGGCGACUUUGACCUCGACGAAAAGACUCCUUUUCUAUCUGGUCAGGAAGGCCCUGAUGGUCAUUCUCAGAGUGUUGGGCCAGGAAGGCAGUCAUCAACAAGAGAGAAUUACGCUUCACAUUACAAACAACAUACUGGAGAAUCAUCAGCUGGUUCUGUGUGCAGCUUCACUCAAACAGUUUUCAAUGGGGUGAAUGUGCUGGCAGGCAUAGGGCUUCUGUCGGUGCCGAGCGCAGUGAAAGAAGGAGGGUGGGGGAGCAUGGUGGUGUUGUUGCUGUUCGCGGUUGUAUGUUGCUACACGGCGCAACUUAUGAAGCAGUGCUUUGAGAGCAGAACAGGAAUCAAAACCUACCCUGACAUCGGAGAAGCUGCUUUUGGACCACUUGGCCGUCUUCUUGUCUCCAUUAUUUUGUACAUUGAAUUAUAUUCAUAUUGCGUGGAGUUCAUUAUCCUGGAAGGAGAUAACCUCACAAGAUUGUUUCCCGGAACAUCCUUGGAUUUUGGCCGCAUCCAAUUGGACUCCAUGCAUCUGUUUGGACUUUUGACGGCACUUGUUGUACUCCCAAUUGUUUGGUUGAGGGACCUUCGCAUAAUAUCCUAUCUUUCAGCUGGAGGGGUGAUUGCAACAAUUCUAGUAGUUGUGUCUGUGUUUUUGGUUGGAACAACAGAUGGUAUUGGAUUCCAUCCCACCGGUCAGCUAGUGAAUUGGAGAGGAAUCCCAUAUGCCAUCGGUAUCUUUGGAUUUUGCUAUGCGGGACAUCCAGUCUUUCCUAAUAUUUACCUGUCUAUGGCUGACAAAACAAAAUUUACCAGGGCCUUGAUAAUAUGCUUUCUUCUGUGCUUUUUAAUGUAUGGGGGCGUUGCAGUCAUUGGAUUUCUGAUAUUUGGUCUAGACACUCAGUCUCAGAUAACGUUGAACAUGCCAACACAUGCUUUUGCUUCUAAAGUUGCAUUGUGGACUACAUGUUCCUUAAUGAUGACCAAGUAUGCUUUGUUGAUGAACCCACUCGCGAGGAGUGUCGAGGAGUUGCUGCCGACUGAAGUUUCAAAUAGCAAGUGGUGCUUCGUGAUUCUCAGAACAUCACUUGUUAUAUCUACAGUUUGUGUUGCUUUCCUGAUUCCUUUUUUCGGGCUGGUGAUGGCUUUGAUUGGUUCUCUGCUCAGCAUACUUGUGUCAGUGGUGGUGCCAGCUUCAUGUUUUCUGAAAAUUGCAGGAAGAAGAGCUCCAAAAACUCAGGUGGCUGUGAGUGUUGGGGUGAUUGCAUUUGGAAUUGGUAGUGGAGUCCUGGGAACAUAUUCUUCGGUUUCAAGGAUUCUGGAUUAUUACCAGCACCCUUGAGUCUUUGAAGCCAUCGUUAUUCGUAUGUAUACGAGGUCUAGGCUCUGUAGUGGACCUGCUUCAUAUCCAAUAUUGUUGCUCAUUACCAUGUCUGUGAUGGUCGUAAUAGCCGCAGCAUGUAAAGCUUUUUUGUGAGAUUGAUUGCUAUUGGGCCUUUGUUUUUUU